UUUAUUGCAUCCCUGCUUAUUACACACAAUAUACUCAAAAUCGCGCAUGGUAAACACAAUUAAUUUUUCGUAUUUAUUUUAAUUCCCCUCGAAGGAAGAAACCAUGACUGAUCUGAGCAUCAGUGGACAGCAGGUGCUACCAACACCACCUCCACCAACAGUGCCGGAGCCCUUCAGGAUCACCACGAAUGCCCCACACCAGAUGAACGAUGCCAGUUUGACGCCCGGAAGAAGGAAGCUGCAGAAAUGGUUGGGACGUGUCCUUCGAAUCGUCAUCACUGAUGGACGUGUCCUGGUGGGAUUCUUCAAUUGCACCGAUCGGGAUGCCAACAUCGUACUGUCCAUGUGCGCCGAGUACUUGGUGGAGGGCCAGGAGCCCCGGCUGUUGGGCAACGUCAUGGUUCCGGGCAAGCACAUCGUAUCACUCAACAUCGACGAGCCUGAUCCGCAGUCCAGUCUCCUGGUGCAAUAGCUGUCAGUCCGCUAUUAGAUCUUUUAUGUUAAUAAACCCGUAUAAAUAAAUUUUUUCGAGUACGCUUAUAAAA